AUGAUGGUUGCCAGAAAAAGUAGGGAUUUUGGCGGACAGAUCUUUGUGGGCAUUUUCUACUUGAUUGUAGUUUUGAAUUGCUUCAAUGAUGGGUUCAGAUCCCACGCUCAAUCAUUGCCCCCGGAUGAAGUGCAAGUUCUUGGAACAAUAGCCUCGAAGCUGAAUAACCCAUACUGGAGUGUGACCAACACCUCUUGUAAUAACGGUGUUGGUCUCAAUCGGACCUUCACCCCUGACUUCUAUAGUUGGGUGAUUUGUGAUUGCACUUUUGACAACAAUGCUACCUGCCAUGUGACAAGCAUUCAGCUGAAAGGUCUGAACUUGACUGGAAUUUUGCCUACAGAGUUCUCCAAUCUUACUCAGCUGCGAGUGAUAGAUUUGACUCGAAACUAUAUCAAUGGAACAAUUCCUCCAAGUUUUUCGCGGCUUCCUCUUACUAAUUUAUCACUUCUGGGGAAUCGAAUUGGGGGUACUAUCCCAAAGGAAGUCGGUGAUAUAUCUAGUUUGCAGGAGUUAGUUUUGGAAGAUAAUCAGCUUGAAGGACCUCUUGACCCACAUCUUGGAAGCCUUAGUAGUUUGAGGAGGCUGUUGCUUUCUGCCAAUAACUUUUCAGGACCAAUACCAGAGACGUUUGGCAAUUUGAAGAAUUUGACAGACUUUAGGAUGGAUGGAAGUCCAAUUACUGGAAGGAUACCGGAUUUCAUUGGAAACUGGACAAGCAUCCGAAGAUUGGACAUGCAAGGCACACAAAUCCAGGGACCAUUUCCUGCUGCCAUUUCCCAGUUAAAAAACUUGGUUGAGAUAAGAAUUUCUGAUUUGGGUGGUUCAAACUAUGCUUUCCCAAAUCUAGAUGGUGCAAACAAUCUGCAACUACUAAUGCUGAGAAAUUGCUCGAUUGUAGACACCAUACCAGAGUACAUAGGAAAUAUGGUCAAGCUGAAGACUAUUGACCUUAGUUACAAUAACUUGCGGGGUCCCAUCCCAAAUGCAUUUCAGAGCUUGAAUUAUGAUACUCUCAUUCUGGCUUCUAACUCAUUAAGUGGAGAGAUACCCUAUUGGAUACUGAACAGCAGAGAGAACAUUGAUUUAUCUAACAACAAUUUUACUGCAUCAGCAGGAGGAGGCUGCCAGUCUUCCUCUCUGAACCUUGUUUCCAGCUCUUCAAGUUCAACCAGUAAUUCAAUUCUUUGGUGCUUGAAGAAGGAUCUUCCUUGUUCAUCAAAAUCUCGAUAUACUUCACUUUUCAUAAACUGCGGAGGAGGGAGAGUGAGUUUUGAGGGAAAUGAAUACGAAGAGGAUUCAACAGACGGUGGACCAGCAUUCUUCUUUUCCUCCUCUGAGAAAUGGGCGUACACAAGCUCAGGAGCUUUUAUGAACAGAGAUAGGGCCAAUUAUAAAACGGGAAAUUCUUUUUCACUGAAUGUGACUGGUGCAGAUUUCUAUCAAACUGCUCGUACAGCCCCUGCCUCACUCAAAUAUUAUGGUCUUUGUCUGGAAAAGGGUAGCUACAGAGUGCGUCUUCACUUUGCUGAAAUUAUGUACUCUAAUGACACGAAAUUUAGCAGUCUUGGGGAACGCAUAUUCGAUGUUGCAAUCCAGGGCAAUGUAGUUCUGAAGGACUUUAACAUAAUGGAUGAAGCUAAAGGUGUGGGUAUAGGAAUUACCAAAGAUUUCAAUGAUACAUUAGUAAGUGGCAGCACUCUGGAGAUCCAUUUAUACUGGAGAGGAAAGGGGACAACUGCUAUUCCUGAUAGAGGCGUCUAUGGACCCCUGAUAUCUGCAAUCACGGUCACACCAAAUUUUGACACUAGUACAGGAGGGCUAUCUGUUGGAGCUAUCAUUGGCAUUGUAGCUGCUUCAUGUGUUCUGGUAGCUUUGAUUCUUGUUGUAUUGCGGAUGAGAGGGUAUUUAGGUGGAAAAGAUGAAGAGGAUAAAGAACUUCGAGCCCUGGAUUUACAAACAGGUUAUUUUACUUUGAGACAGAUCAAAGCCGCUACAAAUAACUUCGACUUGAAGAAUAAGAUUGGUGAAGGAGGGUUUGGUUCAGUUUACAAGGGGAUCUUAUCGGAUGGUACAGUUAUUGCUGUUAAACAGUUAUCUUCAAGGUCAAGGCAAGGAAAUCGUGAAUUUGUCACUGAAAUUGGCAUGAUAUCUGCCUUACAACAUCCAAAUCUUGUGAGGCUAUAUGGAUGUUGCAUAGAAGGGAAUCAGUUAUUGCUUAUCUAUGAAUACCUGGAAAAUAAUUGUCUUUCUCGAGCAUUGUUUGGUCAACAAGAACAGCGCAUAUACCUUGACUGGCCAACAAGGAUGAAGAUAUGCGUAGGGAUCGCCAAAGGCUUAGCAUAUCUUCAUGAGGAAUCACGGUUGAAAAUUGUUCACAGAGACAUAAAGGCUUCAAAUGUACUGCUUGAUAAGGAUCUUAGUGCAAAAAUAUCUGACUUUGGCUUAGCCAAGCUCGAUGAAGAGGAAAACACCCAUAUUAGCACCCGAAUUGCUGGAACAAUAGGUUAUAUGGCUCCCGAGUAUGCUAUGAGGGGCUAUUUAACAGACAAAGCAGAUGUCUACAGCUUUGGAGUUGUCGCAUUGGAAAUUGUCAGUGGGAAAAGUAACACUAACUACAGGCCCAAAGAAGAAUUUGUGUAUCUACUUGAUUGGGCCUACGUCCUGCAGGAGCAAGGAAGCCUUCUUGAGCUUGUGGAUCCUAGUCUAGGCUCAAACUAUCCUCAGGAAGAAGCAAUGAGAAUGUUAAAUUUGGCUUUGUUAUGCACUAAUCCAUCUCCUACCUUAAGGCCAUCCAUGUCAUCUGCAGUUAGUAUGCUUCAGGGCAAAAUUCCGGUUCAGGCGCCACUAAUCAAGCGUAGCACAAUCAACGAGGAUGCAAGAUUCAAAGCCUUUGAGAAGUUAAUAUCAGGAGACACUCAAGUUUCGACAUUUUCUGUGGAGAGCCACGCCCAGAGGAGUAUUUCAUCUGAUGGACCAUGGAAUGGUGACUCGUCUUUUUCUUCCCCUCGCAAGCAUGAACCACUGGAGCCUUCUUCAUCUAGCAAUCCUCUUAUCGAUUUUAGUUCUUGAAGCUUCAGUUAAAUCAUUAAGAUGUAUAUAGAGCUUGAUCUGACCCAAAAAUGGCUGAUUGCUUAGGUAGAGUUACCAGUGUUCAUAUUCAUUGCACAAACAUUCACGGUCCUGAAAUUUUGUAGUUUUAUCGAUUCAAGGGGACGAUUCUCAAGCAUUCUAAAUUACUGAUUGUGUAAUUGUGGUUGAUAGGUUUCAAAGUUAACAUUCACAUUACAUUACGCCCUCAAUCAAGGUUUUCAUUUGUCCUCUGGUACUAAAUAAUAUACACCUUUUCAAGGAAAAGAAAAAAAGACUAAUACACUACCUUGAACCUCAAGUCUGACCUGACUACUUUAUUAAUCUGCAUGGAAGAUUGACCUCGGAAUUCGGGAAAAUCUCAAGGGAGCCUCGAUAUGCGUGCCGAUCUCAAAAUGAAGGUGGCCUGGCAAAUGAUAAUACCCAGUUGCUGCAUUGCAAAAUCCAUUAUAAUAGUGUCCAAUUGCUUUCGCUUCAUGCCAAUGCCAUGUUUUGCAGAGCAGUAUGGAGUUUGGAUUAAAUAUCAUUUCAGCUAGUAUUGAGAUGUGUGUAAAUCCUGCAGCAUAAUUUAUCCUGAUUUCCUGACUCUUUGAUGAGCAACUCAAAGAAUCAGUGCCAACAGAUGAGACAUAAUCUUUUUUUUUUUUUUUUUUU